UAUUUCUCCAUUCAGUUGUCUCUACUUGUCUGUAAAAUGAGUUGAAUGAAACCUCUAUACAAAAAAAAAUCUCUAAUUGACUUCUUCAUUGGCUACAUGACACUCCUUUGGCCUCCCUCGGGGAUGAAUUUAUGCCACAACGCAUUUUUAUCCUUAAACCCCCCAUUGCAGACCAGAACUCAACUUCCUGUUCCUGCAAAUAUUCCAAUUUCACACCCUCUCACUUCAAUCUCACCCCACUUCAACUCACACUCCCUUCAAAAACCCAGAUUCCCACCCGCGAGUGCAAAAGCUACUACCAACGAAACCUUGUCCGAAAUUCUAGACUCAUCAAGAGCGCAGAAACUCGACCUUGAGCUCAAAACAUUGGAACCCUUUUUCAGAAUCACAGCAAGAAGCGUGGUAACGGACAAAGAGCUCGGAAAGGCCGAAGGGUUCAUAAGAUUCUGGGUAGGAGGCAAAAUUCUUCACUUGGACUCAAUCAAACUACAAAGAGAGACACUGGGCAUGGAGAAAUCAAUCUUUGGCCUUGGCUUGUUCAUCGGAGCCGUUGCAAUUCGACAUGGUUAUGAUAGCGGAUGCAAAACAGCGCAGCUAUUGUCCAUCAAUGAUUCGGAUCUUUACCAUUCCAAGCAAAGACAUCCAAACGAGAAUGACCUAUCCAGCUAUAUAAGCCCUUCUCAAAUUUGUUAAACAAGGUACUAUUCUCGACAUGGGACUAGAAGAGUUAACUAAAUUAGUUGUUUUUUUCACCGUUGGUUCGGUUCUACACUAGACUUGGGUUUAAAGUUGUGUACGAGGUUACGGGGUCAUCGGUUGAGGAUGUUGGGCACAUGCUUGUGUGGGGUGGUGUUGGUACCCGCAUGGAUGCUAGCGUUGAAGAACUUAUGAAAAAAUGGUGUACACGAUUUAAAGCGCCACAUUAAUGAUUUCGUCAGUCAGAUGAGCAAUUGAAUUUUAGCAAAGGCAACAACACAGUAAGAAAACGGGUACAGCAUAGCAAAUUAAAGAAUGUUCGAUUUUUAACUCUUUCUAUGUUCCCACCCUAUGCGGGGAUGAAUCUAGAGAGGGGUACUAAUGAUAAGUCCAACCCAUCCCUCAAUUUUUCUUUUAAAAAAAUAUUUGUACAGAUUCUAAUUUUUUUAUAAGAAAAAAAUCAUAUUUUUAUUAAUUGUAAUUAUAUAUAAUUAUUUAGUUUUAACUCCUCCUUUCAUUUUCUGGCGAUUCAAUAUUUCUGGAAUGAUGCAUUUUGAGGUUGAGAUGA